AUGCACGUCAUCAUGGUGGUAGAUAAAAGAGAAGGGAAAGAAGGAUCCCAAGGAAAAGGUGAAUAUAUUCAAUGGAGACCAGAAGAGAGCAAAUUAUUGAUUGAACUAGUGGCGAGCUGCUUCAAGAAGGGAUGGGUUGAUCCCCAUGGAAGAAUGUUCAAGAAAACCGUUGAGACAAAGAUACUUUCCGUUCUUAACGAGAAAUUUAAUAGCCGGAAGACUUAUAAGCAUUACAUAAACCGUAUGAAGAUUUUGAAGAACCAAUACCGAGAUUUUGUCAAUCUUCUUCAUUUUGAUUCAAAGUUUGAAUGGGAUCCAACCACAAAGAAGUUCACUGCUCCUGAUGAAGUGUGGAGUGAUUACUUUAAAGAAUUUCCGAAUCAAAGAUAUAUGCGUUACGAGACAUAUGAAGACUACGAGAAUAUGAAGAUAAUAUUUGGAAAAAAUAGGGCAAUGAGGAGGAGAAUUGAUAGAUCACAUUCUCAAGCACUUGAAGUCUUAAAAGAUGAGAAACCGAAACAAGAAGUUGAUCUUACUAAUGAUGAUGAUGAUGAUGAUGAUGAUGAUGAUGAUGAUAAUGAGGUUCACGAAACAAUGGAAGGGACUUCACUCUACUUGAAGAAUUUCGUAGAAAGUCCAUUACCGAGUCAAGGAAAUAGAAGUGAUGAUGCAUUUGAUGAUUUAACAGACGAUCCAUCAUCAGUCACGGAAAAGGAUGUUUUGGUAAAGAUUUGCACAGAGCUAAGAUCAAUUGAUUCGCUUUAA